AUGGUGGUGUCUAUCUCCAGAUUUCUUCUUUUGUUAGUUGGUCUUCUAUCUGUGACUCGAGCGGCCGAGCCGUUCGGUUACGACGAAGAACACUUCCUCCUCAAUGGCGAACAGUUCCGAAUCCUCGGAGGCCAAAUGGACCCUCAACACAUUCCCCACGAACUAUGGGAGGAUCGUCUGGCUAAAGCGCGUGCUUUAGGCUUGAACACUAUCUUCGCUUAUGUAUUCUGGGACCAGCUCGAGCCGAAGCAAGGCGAGUGGGACAAUACCGGCAACAACGAUAUCGCGAAGUACAUCAGAAUCGCCGACGAACAAGGAUUGAAGGUGGUUCUGCGACCGGGUCCCUAUGUCUGCGCCGAGCAUGAAUGGGGCGGUUUCCCGGCAUGGCUCAGUGAGGUUCCGGAUAUGGUUGUCCGCUCGAAUAACCAGCCUUUCCUCGAUGCGUCGAAGUCCUUCCUCAAUCGCCUCGCUAAGGACUUGGACUCGCUCCAGGUCACGAAGGGAGGACCUAUCUUGAUGGUUCAGAUUGAGAACGAGUAUGGAUCCUACGGAAAUGACCAUGAGUACACUGGUGCCUUAAAGAAGAUCUUCGAGGAGGCUUUUGAGGUCCCCUUCUACACCAACGAUGGGGGCCAGCAGAGCAUGCUUGAAGGCGGCCAGAUCCCUGGUGUUUUGGCUGAGUCGGACGGCGAUCCAUACAGUGGAUUCGAGGGUCGUGACAAGUACGUCACCGACAAGACUAGCCUCGGACCCCAGCUCAACGGUGAAUACUAUGUCACAUGGCUCGACCAGUGGUCCAGCAGUUUCACUUUCAAUACUGCCUCCGGAGAUGCGGAGAAGAUCAAGACCAUCCAGAAGGAUAUCGAGUGGAUGCUGUCCCAGAAUGGAUCAUUCAGUCUGUUCAUGUUCCACGGCGGUACCAACUGGGGCUUCCAGAAUGGAGCCGAUUGGGCAGAUGCCCUGCAGCCCAUCACUACAAGCUACGACUACGGCGCGCCCCUUGACGAAAGUGGCCGUAUCAACGACAUCUAUCAUGCAAUUCGUGAGACUAUCGGCAACUUCAUUGGCGAAGAUAAGCUCCCUGAGCUCGUUAAGGAAGAGCCGAUGAUUGAAAUCGCCUCUAUUGAACUGAAGCCAUCCGUGGCUCUGUUCGAUACUCUCCCAGAGGCUGUCGAGAAGAAGUCCCCCGUCAACAUGGAAGCCGUCGGCCAGGCCCUCGGAAUGAUUCUGUACCGCCACACCGUUACCUCCCCCGUCAAGGGUGCAAUCAAGGCAGGUGACACCCCCAGAGAUCGCUUGCUCAUCUAUGUCAACAACCGUCGCGUUGGCGUGAUUGAUGGCACCUACGCCACACCAAACACCGUCAACCUGGACCUAAAGAAAGACGAUGUUCUAGACAUCCUGGUCGAGAACCUGGGACGUGUCAACUAUGGCGGCGAGAUCGUCGACCAGCGCAAGGGAAUUGUCGGCGACGUCAAGGUUGGCGACAGUGUUCUUUCCGACUGGCAGAUCUACCCCUUGCCCCUGACCUCAACUCCCAAGUCUGAUUCCGAGGCUCCCAAGGCUUCGUCCGAAUCAAGCCCCAUCUUCUUCUCUGGAUCGUUUGAUCUGGAUACCGUUGGUGACACUUUCCUCGACCUUCCCGGAUGGACUAAGGGUGUUGUCUGGGUCAACGGUGUCAACUUGGGUCGCUUCUGGAUUAUCGGUCCUCAGCAAUCCCUCUAUCUUCCUGGCUGUUAUCUUCGCGAGAGUGGUAACGAGAUCACCGUUCUUUCUUUGGAGCCUACUGGUGAUGAGGAACCUGCUCGCGGAAUCACCACACGCAAGUGGGGCAACAACCCUGAUCCCGAUGCUCCAUGA